AUGACGCAGUGCAAAGCUUUAACAACACCAGACACGAUGUGGACCUUCUGUCCCUCCAUCGGCGCUGCGUACUUGUUUACCGUGCUCUUCGCCCUGACGACCCUCGCCCACCUUGCACAGGCGAUCCUGCAUCGAAAAUUCUACAGUUGGGUGAUCGUCAUGUCCGGUCUCAUUCAGACGGUGACCUACAUCUUUCGCAUCCUCAGCAUCCUCCAUCCAGCCAGCUACACCGACUACGCGGCGUGGUUUGUGCUGAUUCUUAUCGCACCCCUCUGGACCAACGCCUUCGUCUACAUGGUUAUGGGCCGUAUGGUGUGGAACUUCACCGACGACGCGCGGGUCUUACGCGUGCGACCCUGGCAUUUUGGUCUUUUCUUCGUGGCUCUAGACAUAAUUGCAUUCAUCGUCCAAGUCUACGGAGCCGCCCAAGCAGCCGGCAACAACGUCUCCUACAGCACGGAAAUGACGGGCUUACACAUAUACAUGGCCGGGGUCGGCGUGCAGCAGCUCUUCGUCCUCGUGUUCGUGGUCUGUGGCGUGGCCUUCCACCACAAGUUGCUCCAGCAGCGGCGCUCGGACGCGAAAAGGGCAUUGCUCUUACUCUAUGUGCUCUAUGCAUGUCUUGCCCUGAUUACGAUGCGGAUUAUCUUCCGGCUGUGUGAGUAUGCGCAGGGCCUCGACAGCGAGAUUCCCGCCCAUGAGGCGUACCAGUACUGCCUUGACUCUUUGCCGAUGCUGUUGGCACUUGUACUGCUCAAUGCGGUGCACCCCGGUCGGAUUAUGCCGGGCAAGGAGAGUGAUAUGCCGAGUCGGAAGCAGCGUAAGAAGACGGGUGUGACCAGUAAGAAGGAGAUGCCGAGUGAUGAUAUGGUUCGUUUUGGAGAGUGCUGA